AUGGGUGACCAGCAGUUGUCGCACGAGGAUUAUACUAUCGGGUGGAUAUGUGCUUUACCAAAGACUGAGCGGGUGGCCGCAGCGGCAAUGUUGGACGACGAACAUCGAAUACUACCAGCGGCGGAUCCACGGGACGCAAACACGUAUCACCUCGGCCGGAUCGGAGAUCAUAACGUGGUGAUUGCUUGCCUGCCCGCAGAAGCAACAGGCAAGGUGUCUGCUGCAACCGUGGCAAAGGACAUGCUGCGCAGUUUCCCAUCCAUCAGAUUUGGGCUCAUGGUUGGAAUCGGUGGCGGAGUACCAUAUAAGGCGCAGGAGCGAGUGAAUAACAAUGGAAAUGAGAAAGACUAUUCGGAUGAUGAGUCUGAAACUGACAUGGAAGAAAUACAGGACAUCAGACUUGGUGAUGUGGUGGUCAGCCUACAUUCCAAAUCCACCGAAGCCGUCGUGCAGUAUGAUUUUGGCAAAUCGGAGCAGGAGAAGCGGUUUGUUCAUACUGGUGGGAAGCUCAACAAACCACCAAACAUAGUCCUCAAUGCGGUGUCCAGACUUCAGGCUGACCAUGCGCGAGGAAGAUACAAGAUUCCUGAGAUGCUCUCAGCAAUGUUAUCAGAUAACCCGACGAUGAUGAAGUUUCAGCAUCAGGGUUUCGAAAAAGACCGACUCUUCAAACCAGAAGUUGUUCAUGAGGAAGGAAAGAAGUCAUGCAAGGCUUGUUACGGAGUCAAUGAUGGCAACGUUGUAAGGAGAAAAGACCGGUCCGAAAAGGUUCCUAGGAUCUAUUAUGGAACUAUAGGGUCUGCAGAUCAAGUGAUGCGAGAUGCUAUCCUUAGAGAUCAGUGGGCAUCGAAGGAGAACAUUAUAUGUUUCGAGAUGGAGGCCGCUGGACUGAUGGAUUCAUUCCCGUGUAUUGUCAUUCGAGGAAUCUGCGACUAUGCUGAUUCCCAUAAGAACAAAAUCUGGCAACCAUAUGCUGCUGCCACUGCGGCAUCGUACGCAAAAGAACUACUGUUGGUCAUUCCUGGACAAGGCAUUACGGUAUUAUCUCCAAUCAAGCAAUUACUGAGUGUUUCUAAGCAACUUGACUCUGUGAAUCAAGGUCUUAGCAGGGCAUUUGAACAGCGUGAAAGUCACCACCACGAAAGAAUGGAGCGGGCCUUGACCGAAGACCAGCGUCGCUGCCAUCAAGUAUUCAAGACGUCAACCUAUGAAGAGCGUAAAAACAAUAAUCCACACAGAAUACCAGGAACCUGUGAAUGGGCCUUGAGAAGCCCCGAAUAUCUACGUUGGUGGGAAGCUCCGAAUAACGAUCUCUUGUGGAUCUCGGCUGAUCCAGGUUGUGGCAAAUCUGUGCUUGCAAAAUCUCUGGUCGACGAGGUCUUUAAGACAUCUGAUCCAAGUAUAUCAAUUGUAUAUUUUUUCUUUAAGGACAACGAUGAACAGAACAAUCUCGCUACUGCACUGUGUGCUAUACUGCAUCAGCUCUUUAGCUUGCAGCCCCAACUGUUGCGACAUGCAUUGCCAUUCUGGGAAAAGAAUCACGAGAAGAUUCAGCACGAAGUUGGGGAUAUGUGGCGCAUUUUUCUGGCAGCAACAUCUGACCCGACAAUGGGUAAAACUAUCUGUGUUUUUGAUGCUCUAGAUGAGUGUCGAAGCCAGGACCAAAAGCAGCUCAUACAAAAGCUUCAAGAACACCAUACGCAAUCUCACCCCUCUGGUGAGAGAAAGUGGUUGAAGUUUUUGGCUACUAGUCGACCAUACGAUGAUAUUCAAGAUAGUUUUCGGUCGGUAACGAAAUCAUUUCCACAAAUUCAUCUCCGUGGUGAAGAGGAAAAUGAUCAAAUUCACGAGGAGAUUAAUCUUGUUGUGAAAGUUAAAGUGGCUGACCUUGGAGAGAGGUUGAAUUUGUGUACUCAAAAACAAAGACAACUGGAAAAAGAUCUUCUCCAUAUGAAUCACCGCACGUAUUUGUGGCUUUAUCUAGCGAUCGAUCACAUUGAGACGGCACUGAAAGAUAGUUUUUGGCCAGACCAGGAGCCAAUUCCACUGGUUCCAAAAGACGUUAAUGAUGCUUACGAGAAAAUCCUAGAUCGAGUCACUCCUAAACAAGAAGCGACGGUGAAGAAAAUCUUACAAAUAAUCGUCGGCGCGCGACGUCCAUUGACCGUUCAAGAAAUGGCGAUGGCCUUAGGGACGGCAAGAGAAUUCUUAAUUACCAAGGUGAACAGGUCUACCAGCAUUAAAUGGUAUCUUGAACCAAACGAAACCGAGAUCGAAAUGACUCGGAUUUGUGUCGGUUACCUGCUUAUGGAUGACGUCGCGGGCGGUAGUAAACAAGAUUUACUGAACUAUUCAGCAGAGAAUUGGCCAGAUCAUUUCCGACAUAUACAAUCGAAGGACGAUAGGUUAGAUCAAGAGGUUUAUAAACUGUAUAACCUUAAUACUAAGUUGUUUGGUCUAUGGUUUCCUAUAUUCUGGAAGGCUGAAAUGGCAUAUGGGAGACAACCCAGUAUGAAUGCACUACAUCUAGCUGCAUUUAAUGGGCAUAAUGAUAUGGUUUCUGUACUGGUCAUAAAUGAGAAAUACGUUAUUGAUCAGGCCGAUAAUACAAAUAUGAAUGCAUUGCGUUGGGCAUGUUUACGCGGCCAUUCAAAUAUUGUUCAAAUAUUACUUGCCGAGGGCACUGAUGUCAACGGUCAAGGAGGAAACUAUGGUAAUGCUCUCCAGGCUGCUUCAUUUGGAGGACAUUUUGACAUUAUUCAACAAUUACUCGAUAAAGGAGCUGAUGUCAACGCUCAAGGAGGAAAAUAUGGUAAUGCUCUCCAGGCUGCUUCAUAUAGAGGACAUCUUAACAUUGUUCAACAACUACUCGAUAAAGGAGCUGAUAUCAACGCUCAAGGAGGAGAAUAUGGCAAUGCUCUUCAGGCUGCUUCAUGUGGAGGAGAUCUUCAUAUUGUUCAACAAUUACUCAGUAAAGGAGCUGAUGUCAACGCUCAAGGAGGAAAAUAUGGCAAUGCUCUUCAGACUGCUUCAUUAAGAAGACAUCUUAAUAUUGUUCAACAAUUACUCAAUAAAGGAGCUGAUAUCAACACUCAAGGAGGAGAAUACGGUAAUGCUCUUCAGGCUGCUUCAUGUGGAGGAGAUCUUCAUAUUGUUCAACAAUUACUCAGUAAAGGAGCUGAUGUUAACGCUCAAGAAGGAAAGUAUGGUAAUACUCUCCAGGCUGCUUCAUUUGGAGGACAUUUUGACAUUGUUCAACAAUUACUCAAUAAAGGAGCUGAUGUCAACGCUCAAGGAGGAGAAUACGGUAAUGCUCUCCAGGCUGCUUCAUAUAGAGGACAUCUUAAUAUUGUUCAACAAUUACUUGAUAAAGGAGCUGAUGUCAACGCUCAAGAAGAAAAAUAUGGUAAUGCUCUCCAGGCUGCUUCAUUUGGAGGACAUUUUGACAUUGUUCAACAAUUACUCGAUAAAGGAGCUGAUAUCAACGCUCAUGGAGGAUAUUUUGGUAAUGCUCUCCAAGCUGCUUCAUAUAGAGGACAUCUUAAUAUUUUUCAACGAUUACUCGAUAAAGGAGCUGAUGCCAACGCUCAUGGAGGAUAUUUUGGUAAUGCUCUCCAGGCUGCUUCAUAUGGAGGACAUCUUGAUAUUGUUCAACAAUUACUCGAUAAAGGAGCUGAUGUUAACGCUCAUGGAGGAUAUUUUGGUAAUGCUCUCCAGGCUGCUUCAAAUAGAGGACAUCUUGAUAUUGUUCAAAAACUACUCGACUCGACUCAGGACCGUGGUGAGUGAAAAGAAUAGCUAUCUCACCAAAAUACAUAGUAGUGUUAGAAAACGGAUAUAGGAAAAUUCGGAUCUCAUGUGUGAGAUCAGUCGCUGUUGUACAUAUUCUAAUUUCUCACACACUCAAAGCAAAAUGUAAUACUAUAAC